UUUGCAGGUGCCAUCAAAAGAUUUUUCACCUCGAAGAAGGAGACAGAAAACAGAGUGUCAAAAAACAAGGCAGAAAUUCACAAAAAGAGGCAGGCAACCUAUGAGAGAAAAAAGGAGACACUUAGACGUCGGCUGUCUGCCUUGGACAAGAAAACAAAUUGGUCCAAGGACAAGAAGGAGCUUGUGCGUGGAUUACUUUCCAGCAAGUCAGCGCAUAAGUACAUGAGUAGCGACAAGGAAGGGGAUGAUGGCUUUAUUUCCCACCCCUUUUCCUGGGAAAGUGAAAGCUUCCGGAGUGUUAAAGACAGUCUGGACAAAAAGUUCCUGGAGACUUGUCCAGUCAGGAGUAAAAGACUGCUUUCUAAAAGGACUCGUGGAAGUCUUAAGGAUGAAGAACCUCCAACGCUUCCUGAACAGUUUAUGUAGAUUGUGUCUUCUUAAGGGUGACAUCUAUAAUUCAGGACUGGGAAAAUUGCUCUAAACAGUCUUAAUAUUCAAAUAGCCAUCAGUUUGGUUUUUUUUUGCAUUGAAUAAAUGUCAUCCUUUAUGAACUAUAUAAUAUUAUAUUAUAUCAUGUCUCUACUGAAAUAAAGAGUUAUUAUGAUGAUGUUUUAAAUGGUGUUGUUGGUUUUUAUUUCAAGCAUUUUAAUUUUCUAAUGAUUAAAGACAUUUAUGUAAUAAGCUUAAAAGGUACUCUGAAAGCUUGAAUGGUAUUAUCGCUAAACAAAUUUUUUAAAUUUUAAGUGUAAAAUCAAACUUUACAUUAAAUUUACAAAAGUAAAGAUGUCUUUACAACUAUAUUUAAUU